AUGGAUGUGGGGGAAGAUUGCCUCACCGAGAGCAUCAAUUCUAACAACUUCCCUGCCAAGCUAUGGCGUCUGGUGAACAACCCGGUAAAUAAAGCCAUCUGGUGGGACAAAGAUGGACUGGUAGUCGUCAUUAAUCAGAGCCUCGUCGAGCAACACGUCCUAUCUCCUAGAAACAGCAGCAGCGCCUCGGACAACGCCGACACCUUCAAAACAGCCAACUUCUCGAGCUUUGUCCGUAAUCUCAAUCUGUACGGUUUCAAGACGUCCGGUACAUACGACGACGUGCAGUAUCGCUAUUACUACCACCCGAACUUCAAGCGGGACCACCCCGAACUUGUGGCGAGUCUGAGGAGACUGACCGUCGUCAACAAGGCCAAGCUAGAAGCUGGUCUGGAGGUGAAUCCUCGGACCCCGAGCCGAUACCACCGAUACAGUGGGGGCUGUGGUAGCGGAGAUAAAGAUGGUCAAAUAGGCAAGUGCAAUCAUUCACUGCCGAGCACCCCUCAUCCGAAGUGGGCUCAUCCUUACCGUCCAAACAAAGCUCCGGCUGUGACGGCUCACAAUGGAACCCCAGUCCCACCGCCGUUCCUGCCGUGGGGCCGCGGUGCAGCUCUUUCGCCUACUGUCUUCGCUACAGACAAAGGGAUACCCGUGACUUUGAGCCAGCACUACGCCGGAGAGGCCUCCAGCUCAAACGCUAUGCUCAUUCAGCAGAGUUUAUUGCCCCGCUCAAACCACGGAAAUCAGCCUGGCUACUAUAUGCCAUUUUGCCAGUGCUACCAUCCGAACCUUGUGGCAUCACAGAUGGCAGGUGGUGGGCUUCAGAAAGGGUCCUAUCCGACCCACAGUCAUUACCAGGCAAGCUGUCCUGUGAAUGUGUUGUGUCACGUGGACCGCAACCAGGACUCAAAGAACAAGGAACACCAGCAGGUGAAAAAAUGUGACAUUAACUUGGACACAAUUUUCCAGAUUGCAGAUGAGGUGAUGCAAACUCCGGCCAAUAGCAGCCUGGUUAGAGUUGUGGCCCCGGUGAAGACGGGCCCUGUGUCACUGCCGUUCUCCAUUAAAACCAACAACCCUGUCAGCGCCAGGAAGGCCAAACAUUUGUCCUCUGGACCCAUUGUGGUGUCUGUGAGAGGCAGGGCUGAUCUACUCGCAUUCAAACAGCAGGAGGGAUCCGUGAUUUCACCACCUGAGCAAAUGCCCGAAGAUGCCAUAGUCAAUGUUACCAAUGAUGAUGCAAAGGACACUGAGAAUAUAGAUGUCGAGGCUGAGGACACUCGGACACCAGCAGCACAAGCACAAGAAGAGCACCUAAGAUAUUAUUGAACAUUUAGGGAGCGCGGUCAGAAUGAAACUAGUGGAAGGAAAGGCAUUCCAAAUUUGAAU